CUUAUGAUUUCAAAUGUAAAAACGUAUACCAAUAUAAAGCUGAUUUGCACAGAAGGUAUCGGUUAUGCAACGAUUGUCAAGCUAAAAUCACACAACUGGUAGAGGAGCAAAAAGCGGCACUGCAAGCGAGGAACAUGAGCGACGCGAUUACAAAAAGCAUGACAACAGAAGCCAGGAAACGGCCCAACAAAUAUCGCUUUUACACAAAGGGUAUAUGUUGGUCUUUGAUUCAUGCCAUUACAGUAUUAUUUGUAUACUACACCCCUCAGCGUUUCGAUUAAGAUCAUUGCCUAUGGGAAAUGACUAUUACGAACUACUAAUUUUUAGAAAAAAUAGUAUAUUAUCGAAGCUUCACUCUUCCACAAGCUUGAUCAGCAACCUCCAUCAGUGCCUUAAAAUAACACCUCGUUUAUUCUUCGAUUUUUUGCAGAACUCAGUGGUCUGUUUAUUGAAGUAUGAUGAUGAAUUGUGCUCAGUUUCUUCUCCUGCUUGGGUGGAAACUGCCAUUGUGUCUAAUUUCCUCACUUACGGUUGGAUGGAGUGGCAUGCUAAUCAGAGAAAAGUAUUUAAUGACAAUCAAAGGCUGACGCACUGGGAACUUUAUAGGAAAUGUCAAUUUGGUUUAUGGUGCCUCCGUAUCAUCCUCAUAGGCUGCAUUAUAUUCAAUGUGGGAACAUACAUCCUUAUCUCACUGCUGGUGAUCUACGUGCUGAUCUUAACUAUACCUUAUUUCCUUGUUAAACCUUCCAAGGGAAAAUGGCCCUUAUCACUAGUAGGUGUUUCACAUUCAUCAUUCAUGCUGGAGGAUGAGGAGGAUGAUAGAGUGAAAGGAAGCAGUAGUCUCCCAGUCAAGCUGAGAAGAGGAGGCGUUAAUAAUCACCGCCACGAUUCAGAGGAAAAUUUUGAAAAUGAUGAUCCAAUGAUGGCAGACGAUAUGUCUAUUGUACAAGAAGAACCUUCUAUUAUACAACAACAGCAGCAACAAACGCCUUAUUUCCAUUUUCGACAACAAGAUUCAGAUAUUUUAGACAAUAUUGUUUCUGGCUUCAAUAAUAUCAAAAUGCAGUAAUUUUUUACUAGACAAUAUGUCUUUAUAAUAUACUACUAGAUAAUCACACAUACACAUUUCCCCCAGGCCAUUUUUGUAUCAUAAUGUAUAUCAUGACAAACGAUUUUCAAUAAUAAGUAAGACAAUUAU